GGGGGCUCGUCUCUGCUCCCCAGAGGAUCCCCACGCUCCUGCUGGGGAUGGAGAGGAUGUGAGAGGGGACGGUGACUUCUCCUGCCGUGGGGCCAUGGGACUCUGAGAGCUGCUGGUCCUCACCUCGCUGCCAACAGCCACCAUGGGCUGCUGCUGCAGCUCGGACUACGACGACGACUGGAUCGAGAACAUCGACAUUUGUGAGCACUGCAAUUACCCCAUCGAGCCCGACAGCAAGCGCCAGAGGCUGAUCCGCAAUGGCUCCGAGGUGCAAGACCCACUGGUGUCCUACGAGGGCACGUCCCCGCCGUGCUCCCCCCUGCAAGAUAAGCUGGUGGUGGCCCUCUACAACUACGAGCCAAAGCACGAUGGGGACCUGGGGCUGCGGAAGGGGGAGAAGCUUCGCAUCCUGGAAGAGAGUGGAGAGUGGUGGAAGGCACAGUCGCUCACCACUGGCCAGGAGGGUUUGAUCCCCUACAACUUCGUGGCCAUGGUGAACAGCCUGGAGCCCGAGCCGUGGUUCUUCAAAAACAUCAGCCGCAAGGAUGCGGAGCGGCAGCUCCUGGCGUCGGGCAACACCCACGGCUCCUUCCUCAUCCGGGAGAGCGAGACCUCCAAAGGCUCCUACUCGCUGUCGGUGAGGGACUUUGACCAGAACCAGGGUGAGACAGUGAAGCACUACAAGAUCCGCAACAUGGACAACGGGGGGUACUACAUCUCCCCCCGCGUCACCUUCAGCAGCUUGCACGAGCUGGUGGAGUAUUACACACGCAGCUCCGACGGGCUGUGCACCCGCCUCGGCAAGCCCUGCCGGACCCAGAAGCCACAGAAGCCGUGGUGGCAGGACGAGUGGGAGGUGCCGCGGGAGUCGCUGAAGCUGGUGGAGAAGCUGGGAGCUGGGCAGUUUGGAGAAGUCUGGAUGGGCUUCUACAACGGCCACACCAAGGUGGCCGUCAAAAACCUGAAGCAGGGCAGCAUGUCACCCAGCGCCUUCCUGGCGGAGGCCAACCUCAUGAAGAACCUGCAGCACCCGCGGCUGGUGCGGCUCUACGCCGUGGUGACCAAGGAGCCCAUCUACAUCAUCACCGAGUACAUGGAGAAGGGCAGCCUCGUGGACUUCCUCAAGACCUCGGAAGGACUCAAGCUCAGCAUCCACAAACUGCUGGACAUGUCCGCGCAGAUCGCCGAAGGCAUGGCCUUCAUCGAGGCCAAGAACUACAUCCACCGCGACCUGCGGGCGGCCAACAUCCUGGUGUCGGACACCCUGUGCUGCAAAAUUGCCGAUUUCGGGCUGGCCCGGCUCAUCGAGGACAACGAGUACACGGCUCGUGAGGGGGCUAAAUUCCCCAUUAAGUGGACGGCGCCGGAGGCAAUUAAUUACGGAACGUUCACCAUCAAGUCCGAUGUCUGGUCUUUCGGCAUCCUGCUGACAGAGAUCGUCACCUACGGCCGGAUCCCGUAUCCAGGUCAGGAUUUCCCGGCAGCUCAGCUGAUGCGCCUGCGGGCGCAGCUGCACCGGCUGAAGGUGGAGCAGGCCUGUCACCAGCACAAGGAGAUGCUGGAUGACGCUACCUUCGGCCUGGAGGGCUGCGAGGAAGACUCCGACCUGCUCUGCAACAUCCCACCCAAGGCUGCCUUCCUGCUCUCCAUGCCCCUCAAGCACAUCGGCGUCACCCGCAUGAACAUCAACUCCCGACGGUUCUCCCUCUGCUGA